GGCAGAGGCUCGAAGUUCAAUCGAAACACCUGCGGAAGACCUGAGAGGAGGAAGAGGAGCAAAUAAACUGGACAGCAGCUCCACUGAAAGAUGAGGAUACCUCUGACAGCCUCGUUAUUAUUAACCCUGGGGUUAAUACAUCCCGUACAUAUGUCGCUUCAUUCCCCUCCUGAGGACUUGGAGGGAUCAGGAUAUGACCUGGAGGGCUCUGGCUCCGGUUCAGGGGACUGGUCGGAACAAGGUGAAGCAAAAACCAUCAAGGAUCAAACCAGCAGCAAAGACGUCAGAAUUUCUGCAGUAAAAGCAGGAGGUGGAAACAAGAACACUCUCCAUCAUUCUUCUGCCCAGAACUUUGACAACAUGCUCAGAGACAGCGGAUCAUUUAUUGUUUUUGAAAACAGCAAGAGUUUCAUGGACAACAAAGAAAUCUUUGCCGCUGUUAUUGCAGGAAGUGUAACAGGGGUGGCUCUUGCUGUUGCACUGGCAGCACUAUUAAUCUACACGUGGCAGAAGAAAGAUAAUGGAGGAUAUGUUCUGGGCAAGCAGAGGGCUUCACACGAAGAUUAUCACAGAUCCAACAGGGAAGGAGUUAUUGUUUAAUUAAGCACCAAUGUUUGUGUUCUAAGGCAGUGGUUCCCAACUGGUGGGUUGCGGUCCAAAAGUGGGUCGCAGGUCCAUUCUGAAUACACCUCAAGUGACUCGUGAACACACUUUAUAUUGAAGUAUAGUGAAUUUCUGGCACAGAGCUUUUAUUUCAAAGCGCCAUUUCCUGCUGUAGAGUGAGUGACUAACAGACAGCUACAUGACAGAGACAGCAAACUAGCUCGAUGACACACAACACAAGUAUGACACUGGAUAUAUUUAACUGUGUGGACCUUGAACUAAUGACUAAGGUGAAAUCUGGACCAGUUGGGAACCACUGUUCUAAGGUGAUGCUGCCAGGCCGUUGUAGAAAUUACACUUAUGCUGGAUUUAUACUUGUGCGUCAGCUCUAUGCAGAACCUAUGCUGUAGCAUUUACAUUUGCGCAGUGGCAUUUCUGUCACCCUGCAGUUACACCUCCAAAACACGUUGGCGGCGAUUUGUGUACUUUACUAUAACUCGCAGGAUUCACAGACAAAGCACAUUUCUGGACACAUUUUCCCCACAAAUACAACAUGCUAAUGUUUUUAGCACAAGCCUAUGGCAUUUUGCAUUGUAUAUAUUAGCCUAGUGACUAGCAACUUUUCCUCUACUCAUAUGAAACCAGGGACAACAGCAACAUUUAACAAAGGUAACAUUACAAAAUUUGGCUCCAUUACAACUCACAAGGUGCAGCAACAAAACAACUGUCUUAUACUAAACAUGUUUUCCAAACAAAUACAACAUGCUAACAUUAUUAGCACAAGCCUAUGGCAUUUUACAUUAUAUAAAUUAGCCUAGCCACUAACAGAGAUUUCCUCUGCUCAUAUGAAGCCAGCAUAAAUCACACACUACAUUUAAAAUGCCAUUUUUGUGGAGGCUUUAUUGUCUUCACAAUUUAUUGUUUCUUAUCUGAAAUUAAAGUAAGGGAAAUGGUUUCAGCUUACAAAAAUAGACAGGAGGUCUGUGUUGCCACGAAAUGUAGUUACAUUUCUGGGCAGGCUACGGCGCAGGUACGGCGUCAAUUUGAUGCACAAGUAUAAAUCCCACUUUAUUCUCGCGCCUAAUUCAAAUGUCUGCAGUUGCUCAUAAUUUAUUUAUUCAUUGUUUAUAAAGAUUUGAGAUUGUUGAGCGUUGUCGUUCACAGGGCUGUAGAGGGUAACACUGAGGUCACAUCCUCUGCAUUUUAAUAGAUAUAUAUUUUUGUUACUGUCUAAUUUUUUGUGGAAAUCAGGUGUAGUCUGCCAAGAUAGUGAUCAGUGACUAAAUGACUUUUAUUUUAAAAUGUAUGUCUGGCUUCAACAGGUGUAUAUAAUUUUAUUUGACAUGAUUGAAAGAAGAUGGUAACAGAUAUAAUAUGUGAUAAAUUAUUGAUGGUGUACACUUUGCUGUGUUAAUGUUUUAAAGUGGCAGCUGUCUUUACUUUUGUGCAUAUAUGUAGCAUCUAAAUGAAAAAAAAAGACCUAGAGUCACUUUACAAGAGCUGUUUUACACAAAAAAUUCUUGAUAGCUGUUUUUCAUGGAAGACACUUGACAUGUCACAGUAAGAAAAGCACAGGUGUAAAUAAUGAGUAACGAAGGCUGAAUUUCAUCCAGCUGCUUCAGUUUCAGGGUCCUGGUGUUUUCACACCAGGGAGAUUCAUUGUCAAUGUCAAACAUGUGCUUUUCCUACUAUGACAAGUCAAAAUGUCUGCUGUGAACAUCUGUCCUUUGUUACACCCAGGUGUAACAGGGCAUUUCAAUGCUGCAUUGAAGAUACAUGACCCCAGUGUUUCUAAAAUCCUGUAUUAAAUAAAAAUGACAAUGAUUACGCUAUGCUGAUAGGCUGCUAUCAUGUGACUUGCAUUAUCUCGUCUAGAUUUGUGCCAUUAAAUGACAAUUACUAUUUUUGUAUUCCAUAAUUGUUAAUAAAUGAGCUUUAUAACAUUAA